AUGGACGGAGCUCAUGAAAUGCUACCCGUCAAAACGGCGGCAGUGAAUGUGCAGGAGGAGAAGAGGUCGUAUGGUGCGACGGCCUACACUGGUCAAAGAACGGAGGGCACCAGGAAUACAGCAACCAGGGUUCGAAGAAUCUUCAGCUUCGCCCAGAUCUUUUUCUUCGCGCUCAGUUAUAUGUCGUCUUGGGAGGCCAUCGCAUCAAAUAUUGCCUUCAUCUUCUGGAAUGGAGGCCCGCGAUCCGCUGCAUGGGGGUAUGUCAUUGUCAUAACAGGAGUGUUAUGCCAGGUAGCAUCCAUGGCCGAAAUGUCCUCGGUCCAGCCAAUCGCUGGGGCGCAAUAUCAUUGGACUCAUUACCUGGCCCCUCCCUCCCAAAGACGAUUCAUCACUUGGAUCCAAGGCUGGAUCACCUGGUUCUCCUGGAUAUCUCUGUUGGCUGGUGUUGUGAACAUUGCCGCCAACAUGAUUCAAACCCUGGCCAUCGCCAAUUAUCCCAGCUAUGUCCCAGAGAAUUGGCACGUCGUUCUGAUCAUGUAUGCGUUGCUCAUUGUCAUGGGCUUGCUCAACAUGUACGCCUUCUGGAUCAUCCCCUGGGUGGAAUUGGUCGCAGGUCUGCUGCACAUCAUUCUCUGGAUCGUUUUUGUUUCAGUCUUGGUGACUCUUGCGCCUCGACAUACGGCCGAUUUCGUCUUUUUGGAAAAGUCAGCCCUGUCGGGAUGGACCAACGAAUAUGUCUCGUUUAAUCUGGGUAUGCUGACGAUUACUUGGGGCUUCGUCGGCUUUGAUGGCGCCGUCCACAUGUCCGAAGAAGUCCGAAAAGCCCGCCAUGCCGUCCCGAGGGCCAUGUUCUGGAGUAUCGUCAUGAACGGUGCCCUGGCGUACGGAAUGGUUCUGGUCUUCCUGUUCUGCGCCGGGAAAGUGGACGACCUCAUUAAUUCUUCGUAUCCUCUCCUCACAAUCUGCGUAGUGGCCACGGGAUCCUUAAGAGCAGGCUCGGCCAUGGUCGGAGGACUCUUGAUUGUCAAUAUCGCUUGCGCGUUGGGCAGUGUGGCCUCCGCUUCUCGACUGACGUGGGCUUGGUCUCGUGAUGGUGCAUUGCCGGCCUAUUUCUCCUACAUCGACCCCCGGCACCGGGUUCCUGUCCGUUCCGUGUGGUUGCCAAUCUUCAUUGUCAAGUUGUUGUCCCUCCUCAACAUUGCCAACUAUACGGCAUUCAGCGUCAUUAUCGCCCUGUCCACCUUUGGCCUCUACCAAUCCUACCUCUUAGCCAUCGCCUGCAUGCUGUAUGCCCGAUUCCAAGGACGAAUCGAACAUGGUGAAUGGUCAUUAGGCCGAUGGGGAAUUCCAAUCAACAUUUUCGCCAUCAUCUACUCGGCAUACGUCAUGGUCUUCCUGGUCUUCCCAUCAUUCCUCCCGGUAGACGCCAACACCAUGAACUACGCUCUCCCCAUCAAUGUCUUCGUCCUCUUGAUUUCUCUGGUGUGGUGGUUCGUCUGGGGACAGAGGUACUGGAGAGGUCUCAACAAGGAAGUUGUGGAUGCUGUGGUGGCUGACUCAGAUCGUAACACUAAGGAUUAA